AUGAAGACCUCCAUCAUCGCCACUUUCGUCAGCCUUCUGGCCUCCAACGCCCUGGUUCAGGUUGCCCAAGCCGCCAACUGCGAGGGAUCCCACAACGGUGCCUGGGGCGGUACAACCUGGGACGCCAUCAACGCCGCCAUUGCACAGACUUGCAACUCCGAACCCUACAAUUCUGGUUACAAAUCGGCCGAAAAUAUCGCCGGCUACGUCGUUGCAUCCGCUGAAGCCGACGUCGGCACCGGAGGAUCGCCCAACUGCUGGGCUGCCAUGUACCAAAUCCGAGACCAGUGCUUGGAUACUGGAAACGGAAAGUAUGCUACACAGGGCUGGUGGCAGUACGGAGACGAGUACUACUUCCUGUGGGCUUGGGAUCAGGCUGAUUGCCGUCACCAGCUUUCUGGCUACAACAACCGUGGCUGUUAG